AUGUCAUCGGCAACAGACAGGCCAGAGAUCAAGUUUGGCCCGUACGAGGUAACGAAGCAGAUCUUCCUCGUCACGGCACACUCAUUCGCCCUCGUCAACCUCAAGCCCAUCGUGCCGGGCCACAUCCUCGUCUGCCCGCGGACGGCGCACCUCCGUCUCACCGACCUCUCGGCCGCCGAAACGGCAGACCUCUUCACGACGGUGCAGCGGACGCAGCGGCUGCUCGGACGCUGCUACUUUUCACCUCCGGGCGACGUCUCGGCCGGCGGCAGCUUCACCGUGGCGGUGCAGGACGGGGUCGAAGCCGGGCAAACGGUACCGCACGUGCACGUCCAUGUGAUUCCGCGCACAAAGGGUGACAUGGGCGCCAGCGGCACCGACGCCAUCUACGACAAGAUGGCGGCCGAGGAGGGCAACGUGGGUGGCGCGCUCUGGGACGUGCAAAGGAGGCCCAGUCCCGGCGGGGGGAUGGCCAGAGUGGAGGACGCGCACCGCUCCGCGAGGACGGCGGAGCAAAUGGAGGCAGAGGCGAACCGAUACAGGGCCCUCCUGGAGGACGUGGCGGGUGGCAAGUGA